UAUUCAAAAUGGCGGUCGUUCCAUUCGUUUCCUGGUUCACCUGCGAUUCCUAAUUUCAAUCUCUUUAUUGGCUUGCGUAAGCUAUGAAUCAUCUAAAUGGGAGCCCCAUGGCAGUGGAAAGGCGAUGCGUUACAGAUAUUUUGUUGCUGUAUUUUCUUCAUAAUUAUAUCAUGGGUUAUCACAAAAAUAUUGAGUCUUCGUAAUCGAAAUGGAUUGCGUAUUUUUCCUCACAAAGGACACCAUUGGGCAUUUACUGAAUUUCUUGUUAAACCUUCGUAUUGUAAUGUCUGCGAAAGUCAUUUAGUUCGCGGAGCUCACUGCGAAAACUGCGAAGUUUCGGUACAUGAAGAAUGUAUGGACGAUGCAAACAAACGGUUUACUUGUAAAGCUUUAGUUCUUGGUCGAAGAGCUCACAUACAGCAUCACUGGAUACGGGGAAAUCUUCCCCUUUGUAGCUACUGCAGUAUCUGUGGUUGCCCUUGUGGUGUAGAGCCACGGCUAUGUGAUCAAAAGUGCAUUUGGUGUCACGAAGURUGCCAUGAUAACUGUCUGCGGUCUAAAUCAUCGAUAUGUGAUUUUGGUCGAUAUAGAACGCUUAUACUACCCCCUCACUGCAUUAGCCUUACUCUCGUAGGCUGGAGAAAAAAUAAACAAAGGUUUGUCGUUCGUGAAGUGGCRCCGCCAAAUAUAAGAAACUGGAGUCCGCUGUUGGUUUUUGCUAACUGCAAAAGUGGAGACAAUGAGGGUGAACGUUUGCUGAGAGCUUUCAGAGGAGUGUUGAAUCCUGUUCAGGUUGUAGAUUUACAUGAAGUGUCACCAGAGUCGGCACUAGAGUUCUGUAGACUUCUUCCAAAUCAUCGUUGUAGAAUUCUUGUCUGUGGAGGGGAUGGAAGUGUUGGUUGGGUACUUGCAGCUUUGGAUAAGGUUAAACUUCAGAAUUCACCUGAAAUAGCUAUUCUCCCCCUUGGUACUGGAAAUGACCUUGCUCGUGUCCUCGGUUGGGGAAGUGGAUAYGCUGGUGAAGAAGAUGUCAACRACAUCCUUAAAGCAAUACUUAAAGCAAAAGUCACACCAUUAGAUAGAUGGGAUAUAACCAUUGAAUGUCGAAGUUACUUUGGAGUUCGAAAACCAAGAAAAACAUUCAUAAUGAAUAACUACUUCUCAGUKGGUUGCGAUGCUAAGGUAGUACUCAACUUCCACCGUCACAGAGAACGUCAGCCUGCACUCUUCACAAGUCGUAUAUUCAACAAGGCCAUGUAUGGAAUAUAUGGAGCUAGAGAUGUCUUGGAACAGGAAUGCAAAAAUCUACAUGAAUUAGUUGAGCUUGAGCUGGAUGGUAAAGUCAUUGAUCUGCCAGACUUGGAAGGCAUUGUUGUGCUUAACAUUGGUAGUUGGUGCGGCGGAUGUGAAAUAUGGAAGGGUAGUCAGGGAAAUAUGAAUGAAAUAGACAACAUGCCGCCAUCCAGUAUGAGUGAUGGUAUACUUGAGGUUGUUGGUUUGUACUCGUCCCUGCAUAUUGCCAGGCUGCAGGUCAAUCUGGCUGACCCUCAUGUACUUGGACAGGCACAUUUUAUUAAGAUAACACUAAAGAAUACCAAGCAUCUGCCAGUACAAGUUGAUGGUGAACCCUGGGAACAAGCACCAUGUGUCAUCACCAUAUCACAUCACAACCAGGCAUUGAUGCUGAGCAAACUGUCAGAAUAGAAACUGGCUCUAGGAAAUGAACUAGGGCAAGAGAAAAGGCAGUUAAGAUAUAAAGUAGUCUUCAUUUGGGUGAUUACUUGAAGAAAACAAAAUYGUGAUGAAUGGUAUAGAAGACAAUUAUUAUGGCCAACAUUAUAAGAGUUGGAGUACUGUCCCUUGUGGCCUGCAUAUCAGGCUCUACUGUGACUCUUAUAGCUCCUUGCUGGACCUCUUAGGGCUGAUUUACACGGCACGAUUUGUCGCGCGCGACUUGUAGUAUACGAUUUUCCUACUACAAGUCGUAGGAUUUUAAGCCGUGGUUCAAAAUCCUACUACAAGUUGUAGGUUGCGUACGACUGUUGUACACAAGUCGUAGGGGCAUUUACACUGCGCGAUUCAAGUCGUAUACUACAAAUCGCACGAGACAAUCGUGCCGUGUAAAUCAGCCUUUAGGAUGCCUGAGAGUACCAGCUAUAUUUCUUCUCUUGUUGAGAGGUACUUCUAUCAGGUCUCAUCAAAUUGCCUGUUUCAACUGUUGUAAAAAAAAUAAUAACAUGAAUCUGUGGACUGCGCACAACUAGGAAAUACAAGAAUUAGAAUAGAAAGUUUUUUUGAAAUUUUACUUACCUUGAAAUGAAAUAAUCUUGAAAUGUAUUUGACAAAUAAUGAUAUUUAAGGGGGACAUUUCCCUCAUUGAACAUAAUUUUUAAGAGGAUCCUAAAGCUUAAAACUAUUCAUACAUCCUGUGCUUACAUGCAAGUAAUCAAGUCAUGGUCAAUCUUACUUAAUUUUUAUUCAAUAAGAACAAUUAUAUUGAAUAUAAAUUUACCGGAAAUCACCUGUCAGUGUAGGUAACCUUAGUAACCAAAAGAUAAUUGUGCAAAAAUGAAAUAAAACUACCAAUUUAUGCAUAUCA